UCAGCUCAAUUUCAAUAUUUCACUCCACCCAACGCAUUGCCGAUAAAAAGAGCGGAGAAAAGGGGGGCGUGUCGUGAGAAAGAGAGGUGUGUCUGAGUUUACUCUCCAUAUCGUACGCGGUUUGGCUGUCGCUGUCCAAAAACACAGAUCGUGGGACUCUUGCCAAGGCUGGUAAUAACCUGGCAAAGAAAGACCUCCACUCUCUACCAUAUGAUGCUGACACGAAUCCUCUGUCUCGCCGUGAUCGCUGCCGCGGCCAGCGCCGAGAACUUCACGUGGCGCGCACUCGAAGUGGAUAAUUCGGCAUCCAGCGAGCCGCCUGCUCGCCACUCGGCCGCCAUGGGCUUCUGGGGCAACCAGUUCUUCGUGUUCGAAGGCAUAGGAAACGUCCACAAUGGGUCGAGGAUAUUCGGUAUGGGAAGUCUGAGCAUUAGCAGUAGUGGCUCCGUGGUUUGGGAGGUGCUGACAGUGCCCGGUGGUGGACCAGCGCACCGCUACGGCAUGAUCUAUGGAGUGUACGACAAGUACCUGCUGAUCUCUCACGGUCGAGGUGAGUCGGAUGACCAACUAUAUGACGACACAUGGGCCUUUGACAUGGAGUCACAGAGGUGGCUUGUCGUGAACCUGUCCCUGUCACUGGGAGUUAACGAGACUGGAGGUCCCCUCGUUCCGGAGGGGAGGACGGACCCGGCCGGCGGGGUGUGGGACGACCUCCUCUGGCUCAGCAUGGGCAGGAACAAGGACAAACGGACACUGUCGGACCUGUGGGUACUGACACUGAGCACCACCGAAGAGAACGGUGAAGUAGAACUUGUUGGAGAGUGGGAGAUGCUGGACGAAGGUGUGGGUUACAACCAGUACGACCCGUUCCUGCCACACGCCCGCUACAAGCACGCUGGAGUCCCGCUCAGCAACACCACCUUUGUCUUCUUCGGAGGCUGCGCCAGUGGUGGCUAUGUGGGUGGUCCCUGUCCGCUGGGGGACUCGUGGCUGUACAACAGAGAGGACGAUGAAUGGACCAAACUCGAAGACUGCUCCUCUCCAGUCAACGACGGAGUAAUGAUAACUCUGUCGCUCAACAGAAGUGUGCUCUUGUUUGGUGACGAGGAGGACGGACCAGGGGCCUACCCCCAGCUCCUCUCCGCGCGUUCCUUCAACACCUCCGACCUGAGCGUUCUUGACGGACAGAACGAGACGUGGAUCGUUACCCGUGGGAUAGGAGGGGACCUACGCCGGCAAGAGAUCUGACCCAGCGGUUGCUAGAAACGGGGACUCCAUCCUGAUAUAUGGUGGCCGCAACGUUGAUGAUGAAGACCAGGUCUACAGUGACCUGUGGCUACUCACAUGGACCAAGGAGGACGGAGAGGUGAGGAGCUGUCCAGACGACUACUUUUCCUUCGUCCACCUCCACGGCAUCCUCAUGUACAUUGCCUGGGGUCUUCUGCUCCCACUGGGGGCCCUGCUAGGUCGCUACUACCGCCAGUACUGGCCCUUCUGGUUCAUCCUUCACAUCAUCUGUCACUCUCUGGGGGUGCUACUGACCGUGGCCGGGUUUGUCCUCAUCUUCCUCGUGGGCUCCUACAGCGAACCCAACUUUGCCCACGCCAUUGUCGGGAUCGUGCUGACCGCCAUACUCCUACACCAGUUCCUCAACGGAAUAUUCCACCCGUGUGUUGAUCGGGAGAACGGACAGACGCCAAAGGAAGACAAGUCGGUGUAUCGAAGGUGCUGGGAGGUUUACCACGCAGUCGGUGGUUUCCUCACCGUCGCACUCGGCCUGGGAGAGGUGACACUGGGUGUGUUCCUGGUGGUGGCACCGUUUGAGGUCUGGGUGACAUGGUGUGCUCUGGGACUGGCCUGGAUAGCCACCUUCUUCAUCCACGAAGUCACCUUCCUCGUCUACAAGAUAUACUCCCGGGUCAAGAAGAACAAGAUAGAGCGAUAGUCGAUCUCCUGGUUGCUGUCCAUCCAUUAACAGACACACACACGGCACCACCUCCACCACUUACAUAAUAUACCUAGCUGACUUACCCUCGUCUCUUUUUUAAACCACACACAGCCAGCAGCCCCAUGCAUGUAGUCACAGGGAAGAUAUCUAUUUUAUAUGCACCGGUCGCUAUGUAGUGCAGUCACUGCUCUCUUGUCUUAACUCUCCCUUUCUCUCUUUUUCACCAACUGUACAUGAAGAUCCGUUAUAACCCAGUUUUGUGCACACAAACGCCGCUUUUAACUUUCAGCAAUCGUAUUAUAUACAUGUCCUCAUUCUGUAUAUAACUAUAACCCUCCAUAAAGAGCUAACAUGCGUACUCAGAGUAUAUGAAGCACUGUAGAUUGGUGCUGUUCAUGAUGGAAACUC